AUGUACAGACGGUACAUAUGGAACAGCCUCUUCCGGGACGUGAAUUUCCGUCUGAAGAAGCUUUACCACUCCUUUUACUACGCGCAGAGCCACAUAAAAUAUGUCAUGCUUUUUCUCUUCCCCGGAGUAAUAUGGUCUACUCGGUACAGGGCAGACACUAAGUUGGGUUAUCACUUCUAUAUAAAUGAGGAGAAGCUAUACCCGAAUGGGUUCAGCGAGGAGGGGUCCCGGAGUGACGGGGUGAGCAGCUGGAGUGAUAGCACAAGCCUUCUGGACUAUCUUUACGGCAAAUACUUUCACAGCUGGAAUAAACUCACAAAGAAGAAGUGGAAGAAUGGGACGAAGCUUUAUCUGGACGAUGCCCUAACCGUUGCUGACGUGAAGAAGGUGUUAUACUCAGAGGAGGAAAACAUUCCUAGGAAUUUGAAGUUUGGCUGCCGGGGACGGAUGAUGGAAGACACGGACAACCUAGCCAUGGCCGUGCGGGCCUUCUGCAAAAGGGACCCCAAGAUUUUUAUCUGGGAGGACGAGCACGCUGCGUACCUCUGA